GUUGGAGUAGUUUGGAGUGUUUUUUUUUAUUUCUCGACUCUGCCCUUGUAAGGCAGCUGAUAUUGGAUUAGGUGUCAUAAGGUGUGCAGCCGCGAAGUUUCCACCAACCAUUUCGUCACGAUGACAAGCCAAGUGUGAAGGAGAUUUUUGGAUAAAAGUCUGGAAAAAAAGUGCAACCUUGUGGAACAGGUCGAGUUUUUGGUCAUUUAACGAGGAGGAUCCACUUCUCCCACCGAAUCAGCAACUUCAGUCACGGGGCAAACGCCACCGAAGAAAGUCAAUUGCGAGAGAGAGACAGCCCCAUUAUGGCCGCCAAAUCACUCCUGGCGGUGGCGACAAUUGCGGUGCUGAUCGUGAUGCCGUCUCUAAUUUGCGGUCUGGAGCCACCGGAAGAUGCUGCCAAAUCGAGGGGUGAAUUGAUGGCUCCCAGAACCUUCGGCCGGAUCCGUAUCAUGAAGAACGUGAUGCUUCCGAUGGUGUUCCUGCUGGGCGGGAUCAAGAUGCUGCUGAUGUUCCUGACGGUCAUCUCGCUGAAGACGCUGUUCGUGGCCACCUCCAUCCUGGUCAUCAACAUAAGCGUAGGCCUGGCGAAGGUCAUCAACUUCUUCAAGCACGGGCAGUACGGGCAAGUCAGUCAUGGCAGUUCCGGCCACUCCUGGGGCGCGCAAGAAAAGAACAUCAACAUCAACAUCCACAGCGAUCCGGCCCACACAUUGUCCCUGGACGGUCCUCCACUGCCGUCGAUCCACAGCAGCAUAGCGCCCUCGUAUCCGUACUCCCGGAGUGACAUGGGCCUGGAGCCGGUCUACAGCAGUCUAAGCCCGAGUCUCGGACACUACUCGAAGCUCUACUCCGGUGGUAGCGUUAGCAGCGUAACGUCGAGGCCGUACUCGCACUGGCCACAAAUGACCCGGCGAUGAUAGCGCUCCCGGUGGAGUUCCGAGGAAGCUCCCAAGAUACUCACAAUGCCAAAUAUGAAGACCACGCGGAGGAGAGUAUACUCAGCGGAGUAUGAAGAUGAAUGGCUCGCCGCAGCCAAGUGUGCAGCUCUAAUUACUGCAAAGAGAUUCGUCGAAAUUGUUAAGUUUCUUUCACCCUCAUUCACUGCCGGCCACCAGUGCGAGUGUUGACUUGUAAGUUAUUAAACUGUGUAUACCACUUAAGGCUUAUGUAAGCCCCUAGGUUCUUUAAAUUUAAUUAAUUAAUUAGCUAAUUAAGGUUAGAUGUGCGCAAAAGCAACCACGUGAGACAAAAACGUUGAAACGAAUCCUAAAUUUGUUGAGUUGAUUUGUUUCAGUGCAGUUCAGAACUGUCAAACGGAAGUAAACAGUCGUUGAUACCUAACCCCGUUCUCGUGUACUCGUUUUCACUUAUUUUCAUGUGGUCGUUUUGGCGUGUUAAAGAUUUCAACCAGAACAGUGCUAUCUCGUUUUAGUUUCAACUUAAUUUAUUUAUUUAUUUAUUCUAAAAAAAUAGUUCAAUCUCAACAUACCAGAGUCACGUUGCAAGCAAACCAACUUCAUCAGAAAAAAAUGUUUGCAAUGCAGCCAGUUACACCGUUAAAGUUAUGUUGAUAAACAGAGAUAAAAGUAAAAGUGGACGAAAACAACGGCCCACAAAAAAAGUGCAGCAUUACAAAAUCGGCUCGUGCGCGCUCGAGAUACUCCUAUUAUAAGCAAUGGUAUUUGUAAGCAAUUACGCACUGCGUGCCAAAACCCACACUAGCCUACAACUGUUACAACUGCAGGUGAAAAUAAAGUAAAAGAUGA